AUGGAGCUCCGUACCGAAGUCAUCGGCGAGUUUCGUGAGUGCCAAUGGCACGCUCUUUCCACCGUCCAGCUGCUCACGAUGAUGCUAGGCAGACUCACCGGCAUUGACGACGCGAACCUCAGCUAUUCGGAGAAGCUAUACGCAAAGAACACCGUCAUCAGAGACGGGUGGAAGCUGUGCGGAUGGCCGAAGAAGAUUCCGUUCACGGACUUCAACAGCAUCCGGGGAGGGAACACGGCGCUGUGCACGCUGCUCCGUCGCUGGCGGAAGGGCGUUCUGAGGUUCGAGCGUGCGACCCCCGAGGACAUCGAG